UUCCUAAACUCAUUGAGAAGAACUCACAAGCCAUGAGUAGUGCUGUGUUGGUGCCUCGCCUCCCAGACCCCAGCAGCAGCUUCCGGGAGGAUGCUCCGCGGCCCCCGGUUCCAGGGGAAGAAGGGGAGACCCCACCGUGCCAGCCCGGAGUGGGAAAGGGCCAGGUCACCAAACCCAUGCCUGUCUCCUCCAACACCAGGCGGAAUGAGGAUGGGUUGGGGGAGCCCGAGGGGCGGGCAUCUCCGGAUUCCCCUCUGACCAGGUGGACCAAGUCACUGCACUCCUUGUUGGGUGAUCAGGAUGGUGCUUAUCUUUUCCGGACUUUCCUGGAGAGGGAGAAAUGCGUGGAUACCUUAGACUUCUGGUUUGCCUGCAAUGGGUUCAGGCAGAUGAGCCUGAAGGAUACCAAAACUUUACGAGUAGCCAAAGCGAUCUACAAAAGGUACAUCGAGAACAACAGCAUUGUCUCCAAGCAGCUGAAACCAGCCACCAAGACCUACAUAAGAGAUGGCAUCAAGAAGCAGCAGAUUGAUUCGAUCAUGUUCGACCAAGCACAGACUGAGAUCCAGGCGGUGAUGGAGGACAAUGCCUACCAGAUGUUUUUGACUUCUGAUAUAUACCUCGAAUAUGUGAGGAGUGGGGGAGAAAACACAGCUUACAUGAGUAACGGGGGACUGGGGAGCUUGAAGCUCGUGUGUGGCUAUCUCCCCACCUUGAAUGAAGAAGAGGAGUGGACUUGUGCUGACUUCAAGUGCAAACUGUCACCCACUGUGGUUGGCUUGUCCAGCAAAACUCUGAGGGCUACAGCAAAUGUGAGGUCCACAGAAACUGUUGAAAAUACAUACAGGUCCUUCAGGAGGAGCGACCCUGUGAACCCAUACCAUGUAGGUUCCGGCUAUGUCUUCGCGCCGGCCACCAGCGCCAAUGACAGCGAGAUAUCCAGUGACGCACUGACCGAUGAUUCCAUGUCCAUGACGGAUAGUAGCGUAGAUGGAAUCCCGCCUUAUCGUGUGGGGAGUAAGAAACAGCUCCAGAGAGAAAUGCAUCGCAGCGUGAAGGCCAAUGGCCAAGUGUCUCUACCUCAUUUCCCGAGAACCCACCGCCUGCCCAAGGAGAUGACCCCCGUGGAACCCGCCACCUUCGCGGCCGAGCUGAUCUCCAGGCUGGAGAAGCUGAAGCUGGAAUUGGAGACCCGCCACAGCCUGGAGGAGCGCCUGCAGCAAAUCCGAGAGGAUGAAGAGAAGGAGGGCUCGGAGCUGGCGCUGAGCUCCCGGGAGGCGGGGCCCACCCAGCACCCCCUAUCCCUCCUGCCCUCGGGCAGCUAUGAGGAGGACCCGCAGACCAUCCUGGACGACCACCUGUCCAGGGUCCUCAAGACCCCCGGCUGCCAGUCCCCAGGUGUGGGCCGCUACAGCCCCCGCGCCCACUCCCCGGACCGCCACCACCACCACCACCAGCAGUGCCACCCGCUCCUCCCACCUGGGGGCAAGCUGCCCCCCGCCGCCGCCUCCCCGGCCGGCUGCCCCCUCCUCGGGGCCAAGGGCUUCGUGACCAAGCAGACGACGAAGCACGUCCACCACCACUACAUCCAUCACCACGCCGUCCCCAAGACCAAGGAGGAGAUCGAGGCCGAGGCCACCCAGCGGGUGCGCUGCUUCUGCCCCGGGGGUGCUGAGUACUACUCCUACUCGAAAUGCAAGAGCCACCCCAGGUUGCCGGAGCCCUCAGCAUCCGAGCAGUUCGGCGGCAGCAGAGGCAGUACCCCACCCAAACGAAGUGGGAAAGGCACGGAGCCGGGCCCGGCCCUGCCCGCCAGGGAAGGAGGGGCCCCCGGCGGAGCGGGGGCGCUGCAGCUUCCCGGGGAGGAAGGAGACAGGUCGCAGGAUGUCUGGCAGUGGGUGCUGGAGAGCGAGCGGCCCGGCAAGCCCAGGCCCCAUAGUGCCCAAAGCACAAAACGGGCCUACCCCUUGGAUGCCAUGCCUCCCCUGACCCCGCCCAACACCCUGGCACAGCUGGAGGAGGCCUGCCGCAGGCUGGCCGAGGUGUCCAAGCCCCCAAAACAGCGGUGCUGUGCAGCAAGUCAGCAGAGGGACAGGAACCACUCCUCCACUGGUCAGCCAGGAGCCACGUCCUUCUCCCACCCAAGCCUGGCUGCAGAAGAUCACAAAGAGCCAAAGAAACUGGCAGGGGUCCACGCUCUCCAGGCCAGCGAGCUGGUCGUCACUUACUUUUUCUGCGGAGAAGAAAUCCCCUACAGGAGGAUGCUGAAGGCUCAGAGCUUGACCCUGGGCCACUUUAAAGAGCAGCUCAGCAAAAAGGGAAAUUAUAGGUAUUACUUCAAAAAAGCCAGCGACGAGUUUGCCUGUGGCGCGGUGUUCGAGGAGGUCUGGGACGAUGAGGUGGUGCUCCCCAUGUAUGAAGGCAGGAUUCUGGGGAAGGUGGAGAGGAUCGACUGAGCCUGGAAGGCCUGCCGCCGGCCAGCGGUGGGGCCGAAGCCCUCCCGCCCGGUCUUGGACGUGAGCGACCUGGACACGACACUUUGAAGGAGAACUAAACCAAUGAAGUCGAAGUCUAGGGGAAGAACCUCGGCCACUGGGCCUUCGGGAGGGUGGGGGGAGGUUGGUUUUCAUUAUUCACGGGCUGGGUACUGAGAUAAGAAAAGCCUGAACUAUUUAUUAAAAACAUGACCACUCUUGGCUGUUGAAGAUGCUGACUGUAUUUGAGAGACUGCCAUGCAUAAUAUAUGACUUCCUAGGGAUCUGAAAUCCAUAAACUAAGAGAAACUGUGUAUAGCUUACCUGAACAGGAGUCCUUACUGAUAUUUAUUGAACAACUGAUUCCCGCCCCCGCCCCCAGCCCCAGUUUAUGGAUAUGCUGCUUUAAACACGGAAGGGGGAGAGAGGAAGUUUUUAAUUGUUCUAUCUAAACUUUGGAGUUGAGCUCGGUGUGCAUUAAUGAUUUCUUCAUUAAAAGAGGAAUUCAGC